GUGUUUGUCUUUGAGGUUAGAUUCUGUGACAGUUUCGAAUUUUGCUUCUGCUCUGUUUACCUUUCGUUUGUUUACACAUUUCAUUUAAUUUCAAAAUAAAAAUGUGUGGUAUUUUUUGCUGUUUACAUAAUUCUCAAAGUGAUGAAUUACCACUCGAGUGGAAUAUUUGUAAAGAAAGAAUUUCUUCCCGAGGUCCAGAUAGUUUAUGCGAAAAACAAAUUAAAUUAUCAGAGAAACAUUGCCUUCAUUUUGCUGCUAGUAUUUUAUGGACUCAAGGUUCCCAAAUGACAAUCCAACCUUGCGUGGAUGAGGAUGAUAAUAUUCUUCUCUGGAAUGGAGACGUUUUCUCUGGAAAUUCAAAUGACAAUACAGAAAGUGACACAACAUUUAUCCUGCGAUCGUUUAAAUCACUAAACAUCGUCCCUACUCUCAAAUUAAUAAAAGGACCCUACAGUUUCGUAUAUUUCAACAAAUCCCAAAAAAUUCUUUAUUUUUCUCGCGAUCUAUUUGGGCGACACAGUUUACUUCUAAAUUUCAAUUCCAUAAAUAGUUCCUUAACUUUCACAUCGGUGACUAGAAGAAAAUUCGAAAAUACACACGAAAUACCCGCAAUUGGACUUUUUGCUUUAAAUUUACAAACUUUCAAUCCUUCCAAUUUUAGUCUCAGUUGUUUUCCCUGGCGUAUGCCAAAUGAUAGUUUUCACGAACAAAUUAGAAAAUUAGAAAAUCUUCUCAAUAGUAGAAUACAAAUUGAAGAUGUAAUUUUCCCCUCACGGGAGGAAUCUCUAAAUUUGGUAAAUGUUGACGAAAAAUAUUUCCAUGUCAAUGUAGAUAGUGAAAAAAGAGAAGACAUAAUGGACUUGCUUUUAAAAAAGGAAGAAAUUUUCCAGAGGAUGGAAAAAAUCGAAAGACUAUUAAAAGCGUCGAUUGAAACAAGAAUUAAGAAACAACCAUCAUAUUGCAAGAAUUGUAUAAAAUUAAUUUUAAGUCAAGAAACUGUCAAAUGUACUCACACGAAAAUUGGAAUUCUCUUCUCGGGUGGAUUAGAUUCUUCAAUUUUGGCUGUACUUGCGGACAAUUUCGUUCCAAAGACUGAAAGUAUCGACCUCAUAAAUGUUGCCUUUGAGAAAGUGAAUAAAAAUCCAAAAAAUCAAAAUCUAGGAGAAAUAUACAAUGUUCCUGACAGAAAAACCGGUAGACAAAGUCUAGCAGAAUUGGAAACAAUAUGUCCGGACAGAAAUUGGAAUUUCGUAGAGGUAAAUAUAUCGCAAGAAGAACUAAACAUUCAUCGAUCAUCUCGUAUUUCGGAUUUAAUUUAUCCAUUGAAUACAAUUCUCGACGAGAGUUUGGGUUGUGCCCUCUGGUUUGCCAGUCGAGGAAUUGGAAUUCUAAAUGAAGAACCAUACGAGUCUCCCUGUCGAAUUCUUUUACUGGGCAUGGGAGCUGAUGAAUUAUUUGGAGGUUAUAUGAGGCACAGAACAAUUUUAAGACAGAAAGGAUGGGAGGCUUUGAUCGAGGAAUUAAAAUUGGAAUUAAAUAGAAUUUCUGAUAGAAAUUUGGGUCGAGAUGACAGAGUGACUUCGGAUCAUGGAAAGCAGGCACGAUUUCCUUAUUUGGACGAAAAUCUAGUGGAAUUUGUUCAAACCAUACCUCCAUGGGAGAGAUGCUGUCCAACUGAGAAAUUCCCUUGUGGAUUGGGAGAUAAAUUACUUUUAAGAUUAGUCGCGAGAAAAUUAAAUCUCAAGAAUGCUGCAAAUUUUCCGAAAAGAGCAUUUCAAUUUGGUUCGCGAAUUGCCAAUGGCAGGGAAAAUGCUAAAGAUGUAUCAAAUAGAUUAUGAAAUUCAGAUAAAUUUUACUUUACCUGACACAAAAAAUCCGUUUCUACAAAUUACGAUUUAGAAUUCGGAAGUUUCCUCCAUCCACUUUUUCCAUGUAUAUUUUAUUCAUAUUUGGUAAUUCAUCAACUGUAGAAAUUUCUGGAACAAAAAAAGGGGUGAAUUAAUUUUCGAAAAUUCAUUCUUAUUUGUUGUGAAAUAGUUGUAAAUAUAUGAUAAAUGUAAAUUUUAUUGUGAAUCUGAAAAAAAUAUACGUUUUUUAUAUUUA